AUGAGAAAUAGCAUUUUCGCCUUGUUAACAUUACUUAUUUGGCAAAGUUCCUAUUGGAUGAUGAUAUUAAAGCAACAGGGUAUAAUAGCACUACCAAUAUCGGAUAAAUGGAAUAAAACUAUAGCCAAAGCAAUAUCUCCAUCAUCAUUGUUGCCAUUAUCAAUAAAUGAUAGAAAUAAUCCGUCAGUUUCAGACAAUCAUCCACCGAUAACUCAUCGAACGACAAUAAAUUCAACUAUACCACAGGAGCUAUUAUUAAAUAGUACAAUUUUGCCACCAUCCGUAGACCAGACAAAUUCAAACAAUACCGAUCAUAAUCAGGAUCAUAGCAUGGUUAAUAGCAAUAAUAUCGAUCAUCAUCGCCAUCCGCAAGGUAAUAAUAGCCAUCGUCACCAAAAUAACAAUGAUGACAACAAUAACGACAACAACUAUUACAUCAAUACUAAUCAAGUUAUGGUUGUGACAACACAGUGGCAACAGCAAUCUACCUCGCCAUCAUCUCCAGGUUUAGCAACAACUAGGACAAAUACAAAUCGAGGGAGGUAUUUUUCUCCUCGUGAAAUAAAAUGUUGUAACAUAGCAAUGGUGAGUGGUGACCGUCAUUAUCCAUGUAAUGUUUAUAGACAGACACAAGAACGAAAUGAUCAAAUAGAACGACAUAAGAAAAGCUUGAACACUAAUAAUGUGAACCUUAGAAAAAAGCUAGUGAAAAUAUUUAAAGCUGCAAUUGCAGAAUUGCAAGAGGUUCAACGCUGUACUGAUACUUCAAAGAAAAUCCGUCAUUAUGAAAGAUGUUGUACAUCAAUGAAUUAUUUUCGAUUGGUUCGUAAGUCUAGAAAACGAGGUUAA